CAUCUCUAAAUUCAACAAAACAUUUUUUUUCUUUUGCGAGUCCACUAAGCAUAGAAGAGUACGUUCUUGCGCACCUUGGAUUUGGGGUGAUUCACUAUACGGAUAAGAGAGUCAUGGAAGCUCCUGUUAGUGCUAAUUCCUUGGGGGCCAUGGUCUCCCUUCUGGCAAAGCUCGAGAAGAUCACUCAUUCCAAGAAUUGGGAUCCAUGGUGGUGUAGAGUGAAGGAUCAGAUCGAACAACUUCGAGCCGAUCUAAGCUCCAUGCAAGAACAUCUUCUGAAGCUCUCGGAGGUGCAGGACCCUCCCAGGGCUGCGGGUCACUGGAUGAAGAACUUGCGUGAGCUGUCCCUGGACAUGGACGACUGGGUCGACAGCUUCACCCACGACUACGCCUCUACCGACAGUACAGAUGACCGGACUGACAGGCAAAUCGCAAGACUGAAAUCAUUCAGGCGUUGCCUGGACGAGGCGCAGGAUCAGUUCAUCAGGUACAGCCUCGGAUGCGUACAGAGCCCAGCCAAGGUGACGGCGACGACGACGACGACUAGCCAUCGGGCAUGGACUGGAGCUGCUGCUAGCACUGAGCCUGUCGGCAUGGACGAACUUGGGAGGUUGCUGACCGACGGAGAGCAGCAGCUCAAGGUGGUGUCCGUUGUUGGUGAAGCAGGAGCUGGCAAGAGCACGCUUGUUCAGAAAGCGUGGCACAAACAUGGAGGACAGUUCGAGCACAGGGCUUUCGUGCAGACGGCUAGGAAACCUGAUAUGAGGGGGAUUCUCAGAAAUAUACUCUCACAGGUCUCUUCUCCACACCAACCGAUCGAUGCUUGCGACGUGCACAAACUCGUUGACAGCAUCAGCAAUCAUUUACGAGAUAAGAGAUACUUCAUUAUAGUCGAUGACUUGUGGGAUGUAGCAGUGUGGGAUGUUGUUAGUCAUGCUUUCCCCAUGGACAACUGUGGCAGCCGAAUAAUAAUAACAACCACAAUUGAGGAUGUUGCUCUGGGUUGCUGCAAUUACGAACCUCAACAUAUUGUCAAUGUGAAGCCUCUCAGUGCAGAUCUCUCCAAAAAACUAUUUGCUGAUAGGGUUUUUGGCCCUGGAAAAGAAUGUCCCCAACAAUUCAAUGACAUCUUAGAAGAGAUUACCAGAAAAUGUGGCGGUUUACCACUCACCAUUAUCAGCUUAACCAGUCUUGUACCAAGUCGGCCAGAAACACGAGAGCAGUGGUUACACCUACAGCGGUUUUUACAUAAAAGUUUGAGAGCGAAACCAACUUCUGAAGAGAUACUCAGAGAAGUACUGAGGCAUUGUUAUAGCUGUCUUCCUCGUUAUUUAAAGACAUGUCUGAUGUACCCUAGAAUAUAUCCGGAGAACUAUAUGAUCUCAAAAGAGGAUUUGGUGAACCAAUGGGCAGCUGAAGGUUUUGUCUCUGCAAAAGAAGGAAAAAAUGCCAUGCAAGUUGGCCGGAACUAUUUUGAUGAGCUUGUCAGUCUGGGCAUGAUCCAACCUAUUGACGUCAAGUACAAUGACAAGGUGUUGUUCUAUGUGGUGCCCCACAUGAUACUUGAUCUUAUCACAUGCAAGUGCAUAGAAGAUAAUUUCAUCACUGUAGUGAACUAUUCUCACGGAAAACUAGAUUUGUAUGACAAGGUUCGUCGGCUGUCACUCCACUUUGGCAGCGCGACAUAUGCAGCUACCAUACCAAGCACCAGGCUGUCACAAGUUCGAACACUUAGCUUCAUGGGUCUCUUGAAAUGCAUCCCUUGCAUCAGGGACUUCAAGCUUCUUCGAGUGGCAAUACUUCAUGCCUGGGGCGAUGGCAGAGACCGGUGGUUCGACCUCACAGCAAUCUCUGAACUCUUCAGGCUGGUAUACUUGCAGGUCAGGUGUAACGUCCCUGUGAAACUACCAGACCAGAUGAACUGCCCUGAACACUUGGAAACAAUGGAAAUAGAUGCAGGAUUGCAUGCCGUUCCGUCAGAUGUUGCCUUCGCUCCAAGAUUGCUGCACCUGCGCCUUGGAAGGGAGAAGAGAAACCCGUCCGCCAUGGACAGCAACCACAGAUAUCUGACGCUACAUCCGGAUUCGGAUUCAGGCAUGGCUCUCCCUGUCCUCCUACAGACAUUCGAGCUGCUGCCGCCGGUCUGCGUCGGCUCAAGGCUCCCCGAAUGGAUUCGGCAGCUCUGUGAGCUCUGCACUCUGAAGAUCGCUGUCAGAGAGCUGCAGAGGGAGGAAGAUGUGGAUGUGCUCGCAGGGUUACCAGCACUCACAAGCCUCUCCCUGCAUGUCCGGCGAGUCACAAGCAUCAGCUUCAGAGGGGGGGCCUUCCCGGUGCUAAGGUCGUUCGAGUACACGUGCGGCGUGCUGUCGCUGGGCUUUCAGAGAGGGGCGAUGCCCAACCUGACGACGCUCAAGGUAGGGUUCAACGCCCACGGUGGGGAGACGCACGGCGGCAUGCUCGCCGGCGUUCAGCACCUCGCGAGCCUCGAGGAGAUCGCCGCGGAGAUCGGGGCAGCGAGUGGUGCCGAGGAGGCUGACAGGAGCGCUGCCGAGCACGCGCUCUGUCGCGCCGUUGCCGACGGUCUGAAUCUGGAUCGUCUUGCGUUCAGGUUCCACGUUACAAGAGUAGAGCAGGUCGACGAAGAGUGUUGCCGCCCUUCAGAGAAACACAGCUUGGCUUCGCGCGAAUGCACUGACUUCACUGGGAUCUCUCAAGUCUCCCUUCAGCCAAAAUUUCAAAUUUCAGCUUGGCCUAAGUCAGAAGAAAGUACUGAAGCUAAAGGUAACAUCUUGCAAAACAAAUUACACCAGCCAAGUGCACUGUUAAGGGAUGUCGUUACAAUCGAGUUCUUAGAGGAUAUCACUGACAAUUUUUCUGAGGAAUGCAAGAUUGGUGUUGGUGGAUAUGGAGAGGUUUACAAGGGGACACUGCAUAACGGGGAAGAGGUUGCUGUGAAGAAGCUGUAUCACAUUCCAGGAGUUCCCCAUCUGCAAUUUAUCAAUGAAGUUAAUAAACUUAUGAGGGUACAGCAUCAAAAUAUUGUACAACUGGUUGGCUACGGUUAUAAAACAAGACAUUAUAAAGUGGAGGAGCAAAAUAGGGAGUUCGUUUUGGCUCAAAUGGAGGAAAGAGCUCUUUGCUUCGAAUAUUUGCAGGGUGGAAGCCUAAAAAAUCAUCUUUCAGAUGAAAUGUGUGGUCUUGAUUGGCCCACGCGUUACAAAAUAAUUAAGGGAGUUUGCGAAGGUUUGGAUUAUCUUCACAAUAAAUCCGAGGAUUGUAGCUACCACCUGGAUUUAAGACCUUCUAAUAUUUUGCUGGACAAGAAUAUGGUUCCAAAGAUAGCAGAUUUUGGUAUGUCAAGACUCUUUAGUACAAGAAUAAGCAAUGUCACAGAAAACUUUGUAGGAAAAGUUGGAUACAUGCCACCAGAAUACAUCCAGAAAGGCGAGAUCUCAAACAAGUUUGAUGUAUACAGUUUGGGUGUUAUAAUCAUCGACAUAAUGUUAGGCCCAUUGGGUUUAUCAUUGUACGCGGAAAUGCCAUCACCCCAACAGUUCAUUGAACUCGUGCACCAAAAAUGGAAGAAAAGGCUGCAGGCUACGUCCAUGUGUAUAUCACAGGAUAUCCUACAAAUGAAGACAUGCAUAAACAUUGCAUUGAGAUGUGUGGAGACCAACCUGGUGGAGAGGCCUACUAUAGACUAUGUCCUCCAUGAACUCAAUGGAAUAGAUGGUAACGUAGCUCAUAUAACCCAGGAUUAUAGGCAUAGGUGUAAAAAGAAAGUUGACCUCUCAGACAAGGAAAUAGUGGAAGAAGAAGAAGAAGAAGAAAGAGGAGAUGGAGGAGAGGAAAAGGAUGGAAUUGUUGGGUCGGUUGGAAAUGGAGGAACUUCUCACCACAACUAUGUGCCUCCUCACCAUCUUGAAACGGUGACAAUUUGCGCAAAAGGCGUAGCUGAUCCAAUUAAAUUUCCAUACAGUGGCCAUCUUGAAUGUGGGCAUAGGUACGCCAUGGGUGCUGCUGUUGGGGACAGUUUUAGGACCAAGCCUGACCCUCUAGAGUUUCUAUGGUACGUUAAUGGGACAAUGUGGUAAACUGGUCAUAUAUAUAUGGAUUGUUUGGAGAAGAUAUGCUGAUGAAAUUGGCGUCCACAUGGAAGAUAUGAUCGGACUUUAGUCUCUUGGAAGCGUCCUCUGAACCAGAAUCAAUGAUAGGAGAAGAGAAAGAGAGAUAAGCACUGAUUGUGGGUCAAGUGGUUAUUAUGACAUUGCGUGUUUGUUUGAAUCUUAAAAAACAUAGAAACUUGUUUAUCAUAAACCAUGUUUUGUGAAAAUGACAGUACAUGGAAGCACUAACUAGUAAGUUCAUGCAUAGUUUCGCUUAUAUAUAAACCACGUUAUU